UUUGCCUGAUUAUUUUCAUUUAAUCUGGAUUUUGGAUUGGUUUAUGAAGGUUCGAUGAACGGUUUCUUUCUGUGUAGGUUUUUUUAAAAAUUUCUUUACCUUGGAAAUGGAGGGUGAGACGUCGUGGGUCACUCAUUGUUUGGAUGAUGUAGGCAGAGAGGUUUCGCAGCUUGAAGGGUUUUCCGAGAUAAGCGAUGAGGGCAGUAAGGACUCGUUGGUUUCUUUGGAUUCCAUUCUCCCUGAUGAUCUGCUAGAGAGAAUUCUAGCAUAUUUGCCAAUCGCAAGCAUUUUCAGGAUGGGUUCGGUGUGUAAAAGGUGGAACGAGAUAGUCAAUUCGAGGAGGUUUUUAUGGAAUUUCUCCAAUAUCUUGUCUCAAAAACCUUGGUACUUUAUGUUUACCAGCAAUGAUAAUCCAGCUGGAUAUGCAUAUGAUCCCAUCCUUAGGAAAUGGUAUGUCUUUGAACUUCCUUGCAAUUUGACGUCCUGCUGGUUUAUUGCUUCUUCGUGUGGAUUGGUUUGCUUUAUGGAUAAUCAAACUAGAAGCCAGCUGUUUGUGUGUAAUCCCAUUACGAAAAAUUUUAGGAAGCUUGAAGAGCCGCCGCGGCUGAAUUCAUCGCCGGAUUACAGCGCACUUGCCAUAUCCGUGGACCGGAAAUCGCUUAGUUAUACCAUUUCUAUUGUGAAAUCUAAGCAAGUGCCUGGUGAUUUCAUUCAAUGGGAUACAUCGAUCCAUGUUUACAAUUCUGACACACAGUCAUGGGUCACUUUGGCGACGGAGGUGUUGAGAGGGUGGAGGGGAGGUGAUGAAAGUGUGAUCUGCCACGGGGUUUUGUACUGCUUGAUCUACUCAACCUUGGUCAUGGGUGGUAACAGCAAUCGACAUGGCCUAAUCAUGUAUGACCUUUCUCGCACUUCUUCUCAUGCUUCUUUGAUGGGAACUUUGAUCCCGGUGCCUUGUUCUCUCACAUGUGGCCGGCUGAUGAACCUCAAGGAGAAGCUGGUGAUGGUUGGUGGGAUUGGGAAACCGGACCGGCCUGAUAUAAUCAAGGGAAUUGGCAUUUGGGUCUUGGACAAGAAAGAAUGGCAAGAGGUUGCAAGGAUGCCCCACAAGUUCUUUCAAGGAUUUGGGGAGCUUGAUGAUGUUUUCACAAGCAGCGGCAAUGAUGACCUCAUAUACAUUCAGAGCUAUGGGGCCCCGGCUCUGCUCGUGUUCGACCUGUACCAGAAGCAAUGGAAGUGGUCACAGAAGUGCCCCGUGACUAAGCGAUUCCCGCUUCAGCUCUUCACUGGUUUCUCCUUCGAACCGAGGCUUGAAGUUGCUCCUUAGCUUUGCAUAGCUUCCUAUUCAACUGAAAUGGCAGGUGGGGUUGACUAAGCAUCAUAUUAGGGCAGCAGUUCAGAGCUGCAUUUGGAAGAAUGCUGCCGUGGGCAUUCUGCUCAAAUAUUCACUCUGUCUGCAUGUGCUUGGAUGGUGUUUGGCAGCAUGUGCAUUCCACGUUAGGUGGCAUGGUGUUUCUCUGGAAAAUCAGUUGGAGCUUGAGUAAGUGGCUAUAUCAUCCUAGCUGUUUAAGGCUGCAUUUGGAAGAAUGCUCCAAUGGGCAUUUUGGUGCUGUCCAAGUUCUCUGCGCCUUGUAAUACUCUUGUGGCAUUUGGCCAACGUGGAAAGCAUGUUCCAUGUUAGGUGGCAUGGAUUUUCUCCAACAAACCAGCUCAAAAAAGCAAAGUGUCGUCUGCGAGCAACCGGAUUAUCCUAGUUGUUUAAAGCUGCAUUUGGAAGAAUGCUCCAAUGGGGGUGUUCUGCCUUAAUAUUUAUUGUCACAUGUGCUCUAACAAUCUAUCACUGUGUUUGGCAAAAGUGACAUUUGGCAAUUGG